GUACCCACGCGUGCCCGUAACAAGAACUCGUUAUGUAGCAUCGAAUGCGCAUGCACCGCCGACAAGUCAGUUUUAGAAAUGAAAAAUUAAGCUGAUCGGACGUUGCAACGUCGAGGAGAAAUAAUCCCUACAUGACGUUGAGCGUACCGUGUUGGGGAAAACUUAUUCAUGUGAAAAGGAAAAAGGGUGAAAAAAUUGAAGAAAUUAAUCUGUGUACAUUAACCCCCCUUAUGUCGUUAAGAAUGCAGCGGACUACACACAAAAUUUGUUCCCCAUUUAAGAGGUGCAUACGAUGAUUAAACACGUCAGCAUUUGCAACAUUGGACACAGAACGUAUGCAGACAUAUGUCGCUACAGAUUUAUGAGCGUUUUUCCCCCCUACCUCAUAUAAGGGAAAAUGUUUUAGCGCAUGCUUGUGCAGAAUGACGUGCUUUGAUCGGAAGGAGCUUUACUUUAUUGGCGAUACAACAUUUGGGGGUCACCCCUUCUGAGGAUUGUCGCCCCCCCCACGGGAGAACAUGUUUAAGGUGGCCCCGUACGUCCCAUACAUUUACAAAUGCUCAAAUGGAAGCAACUUCUUCAAAUUUUACAACCAAAUAAAGACAAAGGGGUACUCCGAUUUGCUUAAUUUUGCCAAGGGCCUGUAUCUCUUCUUGUGCAGGAAUUGCCACAAAAAUGAUGACCUGUUCAUACAUUUUUCGAAACAAUUGUUCAGAGACAUUCAUGGGGAAAUUUUCACACACAGGAACAAGAAAGACCUGUGCUUGCUAAUGCUGUUGUAUAUGAAAUGCAGAAAAAGGAGUAAAUCGUUUAUACUAGGGAAGGACAUAAUUAAACACAUAAGUUUUGCAAUCGAGGAAAAUUUAGACCACUUCGAUGAAGAUGAUCUCUCCACCGUUUUGACCUUCUUAAACUGCACAGCGAAUAACAAGUUGUACUCACCCCGGGGUAUGGUAAAAAAUGACGUAAGCGCCAGAAUUACCAGACAGAUUAUUCAGCGAAGCGAUAAUUAUUUGCACAAUUUCAGGCAGACAAAAAAUCUCUGCAUACUGUACAGUUAUUUGUGCAGAGAAAACAUAAGCGUCAAAUUACACAAUAACAUUUUGGGACGAAUUUUUAGCGAUGUAGAUCGCUGCGGGGACACUGAUUUGACCAACAUUGUAUUUAACUUUUACUACAUUAACAGCGUUUUUUUUAAAAAUUUUUUAAACAAAAUAGGGGAAGUAGGUCAUACUGAGAAUGGUUCGCUUUGUGCCAGCGAAAUAGAAAGUCUGAACGAUAGCAGAACUGAGACGUGCAGGAGUGAGAUCAAACCGUUGACGAAAAAAUGGGGUGAAGACUUAUCCCCUCAGGAGGAACAUUCCGGAGGUGGCACUUUCCACAGUGAUGAGGUUGCACAUCAUUCGAACCCCGUUCAUAAAUGUGCCAUGUUAGGACGUACGGUGGGACACACCCAUUUUUCGCGAGAAGAACCCACCCAUUAUGUAACGUACGGAAAUAUAUUCAACAUGUACAGCUGCAGCAUCUUCCUGCAUGGAUUCAUAAAUCAUUAUAACAGCCUUUUUUUAAAAAGGCGGAUAGGAAAAUUGCUAGACCGAUGCAACUUUAUAGACAACAUUUGGAAAAACUGCAGACUGAUGCAUGUUUUUUACUACACACUUGAGUAUUAUAUGAACACAGGGGUGAAUCGCCAAAUAAACGUAGACGACGUGGGGCGCAUCCUAAGGAAGGGAUACACUGAUGAGGACGGUGCUGUUAAAAUGAAGGAGGUAAAAUUGUACAGCAACAUAUUUUGCGAGGAUAACAUAAAACUGUUGAUUUAUGUAUACCAAGGUGGAGUGCGCUACUACGGACGUUACUUCGACGCGUGCAGGGCGUUUCUAGAUAAGUACAUACUAAAUUUGCUUCAAGAGGAGGUUUCCAAGGAUGAUUGCAUUGGAAGGAACACAACGAAAGGAACAACACGAAUAAAGGACGAUCAUAUUUACCUACUGUUGAGCGUUUUAAACCAAAUGAAUGUGCAAAAUGAGGCAACAUUCGAUCUACUAAUGAGAAAUUUUAAGCUAAAUGGGAAGAGUUACUCCCUUAAGACAAGUCUCCUGAUGCUGCAAUUUUGCCACUCCCACGGGGGGGAUGAUCCAUACAGGGAAAUUUAUACACACAUGGGGAGAACCCUCCAUUCGUUGAUCAGCUUCGAUAAUGCCAUCUUACCAAAUAACUUUGGAGUUUUAUUUUUUCCCCCCUUUUUGGUGAAGGAAGAAAUACGCAGAAUGUACCUCUCUCUGUUUAUAAAGAGCGUCAAAUGGUAUUUAAGAAGAAAGGAAAAAACACAAAUGUAUAGGUUAACUGAUGAGCUGCUAUACUUUGCCUUAAGUUACAACAUACUGUGGAGAGACACUAAUGCACAUACACAUGGGGAGAAUUUUUUAAAAUAUUUUAAAUUAAAAGAAUUAAAAAAGAUCUAUGAAUUUAUUCACGAAUUUGAAAAAAUAACGAAAAAAAAUUCCUUCAAAUUAAAGAAAACAGGGACAAAAAAAAAAAAAAAAAUUAACAGAUUUUAUUUUUACCUUGAAAAGGUACACACACAAAGGAUUUUGAAUUAUGUUGAGAUAUGCUAUCGGCAGAGUGGAAGUGCGUGCCUGAAUUUUUUGAAUUUUUUUUCCGUCUAUAAGGCGUGCUCCCACGUGUAUGUGGGCUACGGCGCGAAGUACCUUCCCCCAUCCGUGACCCCUCAGAUUGCGGUGUGCCACGGGCAGGGCGUGUAA